CCGCCCCUCCCCAGCAGAUUCUCCAUCAGCCUCUCAACUCCCGUCAAUUCAGCACAGGAAUCGCUUGUUAGAAACAACCCGAAUAACGUUUUAUAGUCAGAUAUGGACGCGGCGACUUCCCCUCACAAUCAGUGCAGAUACAGUUAUGAAGACUACAUGGAGACAGCAGAUUGGCUGCUAGCAAACACAGUGCAUCGUCCAAAGGUGGCCAUCAUCUGUGGUUCAGGCCUGGGCAGUCUGGUUGAUCUGCUGGAUGACAAGAUGGUCUUCCCUUAUAGUAAAAUCCCCCAUUUCCCCAGCAGCACUGUGGCAGGCCAUACUGGUCUCUUGGUCUUUGGAAAACUGCAGGGCCAUGAGUGUGUUUGCAUGCAAGGGCGUUUCCACUUCUACGAGGGCUACAACAUGAACACGGUGACAUACCCAGUGCGAGUCUUCUUCCUGCUGGGUGUGAAAACUCUGAUUGUGACAAAUGCAGCAGGGGGUCUCAAUGGCAAAUACAAUGUGGGAGACAUCAUGCUCAUUAAGGAUCACAUCAACAUGCCGGGCUUUGCGGGGCAGAACCCACUGUGUGGCCACAACGAUGAAAGGUUUGGACUGCGUUUCCCUUCCAUGUCGGAUGCAUAUGACAGUGAGUUGAGGGCUCUGGCUAAGGAAACAGCAAAGGAGCAGGACUGUGAUAGCUUCCUGCAGGAAGGGGUUUACUGCAUGUUGGCUGGACCAACAUAUGAGACUACUGCAGAGUGCAGAGUCCUCCAGAUGCUGGGCGCUGACGCUGUGGGUAUGAGCACAGUCCCAGAGGUAGUGGUGGCUCGCCACUGUGGCUUGCGUGUCUUGGGCAUCUCCCUCAUCACCAACAAGGUUGUGGCAGAUUAUGACAACAGUGAAAAAGCAAAUCACGAGGAAGUGCUAAGCACCAGCCAGCGCCGGACCCCAGACAUCCAGAGGCUCGUCAGCCACCUCAUCGCCAAGAUCGAGUAGCUUCGUUUAAAAUCUGCUAGCACUAAUACACACAGGUUUCUUUUAAAGGUUAAAAGUAUGUGCAGACAGUGAGUUGUUAAAGUUAGGGGGUUAGGUUAUUACUUAGAAGUGUUGGGUAAUGUGGUUAACCAGGAAAGUGGGUGAGAUGUUUUGGGGGUAUCGAGCAGAAUAAGAUUCUGACCUACUGUUGUAGAUACUAAAAGUCUUUAGCAUCACUCUUGGUGUGGUCAGACGUGCUUAUAACCACACCCAACAGUGAUGUCAUGGUCUACUGUGAUGUUCACCACUACAACACUGCAGCAACUUAACACCACUGCAGGACAGCAACAACUAGUUUUCAGGGGCUGUUAAAGUUGCUCUUUAAUCACAAAUAGGGUGUGUGACUCACGAGAUGCGGAAACAAGGAUAAGGAAAUGUGGUGAAAGUAGAAUUUGUUUCAAAGUGACAAUUAAUUGGUGUCUCUUGGGUGACAUAUUGACUUGUUGUGUGUUUGUAGUAAUCCAAACUGAGCACUACAGUGGCUUAUAAUUACAGUACACCAUUACUUUACUUAAAAGGAUCGCAGAUCUUUGAUCAAUAAAUGUAGCAGGAAUACAGCACUGGCAAUUGUCCAGCCCCCUUUGGUAUUUCUGCAGGCUUGUUAGACCUGUGACAGCAAACACAAAGACUGGGACUUUUCAAAUUGUUGAACCUGUAUGUUUGACAGUAUUCAAACAAUGAUUAUAAGGCAAUAAUAUGGGCUACUAAUUACUACUACUACUACUAGACACAUGGAACCUCUAAAUAUACUAAGAUAAGUGGGAGAUGAUUACUGGUUAUUACCACUGAGUAGCAUUGUGUUCUUGGUGAUGGAGAAUGAGCAAAAUGUUUUUUAAACCUCAUCCUUUAAUUGUUCUCUAAUUUCUAAAUCAUUUACUAUAUCUAGUCUCAGGAUAGACUCUAAUCCACUUACUGGUGCUAUCAAAUUAAAAAUUUAUAGAUGAGA